AUGUCCGGAUUUGAGAUAGCUGGGGUAGUACUGGGAUCAAUUCCGUUGAUCAUAUCAGCUUUGGAGCACUAUGCUGAAGGGCUCUCAACCAUAAGAAGCAUGCAAAAGUACGAGGAAGUAUUCGGAUAUCUUCAUGCUUCUUUCGUAACUAUUGCUUGCAUCUACAGAAACUCUUGUGAAGAGCUUUUGAGUCCAUUAGCUCUUUCUGAUGCUCAACUAUCCCAGCUUCUCGAGAAUCGCGAAAGUUCAGCAUGGGAGAAUCCAGAGCUGAGCGAUGCUUUGCGCAAUCGAUUGGGACACAACUUUCUGCCCUUCAAGUCUUCUGUGAAGCAGUUGAACAAGAAAAUCAACCUUUUCGGGCGCAAGUUACAAUUAGACAAGAAUUUCCAGCCACCAUGGACCAUAGCAACAGGGUGUGUCGAUACAACGGCACGAAAUAAGUUCUUCAAUGAUCCUUGGAUCCGCAUAAAAGGAGGGUUCAAGUCGAAGCACUACAAAGAACUGCUAUCAUCUAUUGAAGAGGACAUUAGCCGUAUAUCCAAUCUUACGGCGGGGGCGAUUGCGCUUGAACCAUUGCGACUUCAAAGAAGACGCAAAGCCAACACAGAGUACCUGAUCAAGUUUCGUCAGCAGGCAGAGAAGCUAUACGACGCUUUCAACACGCGAUGGUCGUCGAGGUGCAUGUGCCAAUGCACACAUCAAGCAAAUUUGCGUCUUGACAUACAAAAAGACGAUGAAGCAGGCCAAUCUUCUACGUUCAAACUUGUAUUUACUUUUGGCUCGUUACACGCUGGAACAACCGCCCCUUGGAAGUCGAUUCCAGUGGAAAUCGAGGCUGUUGAUGUCAUUGAUACGCCAAAACCAUACAACAGCUCACCGCUUCCCAGUAUUAUAGUCCACUCGAACAUCAAAGCACACGACCACUGGAAGUGCCUAAAGAGGGCUCCAGAUAUAGUCGAUCUAUGUGCGACACUGCAACGCUGUCCAAGCCCGGACUGCAUAGGGGUGAUGAGCAGCAAGCUCGCCAAACAUCACAUCCACACUCUUCACUUACCCGGCGCAAAGACGACCGACAAGCGAGUCACCUUACAGGAGAUUAUGGCGACACAAGGUACAACCUUUCAGAUCAAGGAAAAGUGCACACUAGCUCUCACCCUUGCUUCUACGGUCUACCACCUCCACAACACACCCUGGCUAGAAGAAACCUGGGAUCUCAAUGACAUAUGCAUCCUGAGCCAAUCAUUAUUAUCGGAUCAGCCUUAUAUAUCGCGUGAAUUUCCUGCCACAGCUGCACCACCAGCACAGAGCCAAAGGAUGCGUAUCAUCAAGAACAGCAUCAUCUUCGCUCUCGGCGUCGCCUUGCUAGAGAUCUCAUAUGGCAAGCCUUUAAACACGUUUGUCGCUCCAGAAGACCUCGACGCGGAUGGAAACCGUACGGCUUUCACCGAUUAUCUCAUAGCGGAUCGUUUGGCAGAGGGGUUGCGAACGAGGGAGUUGCCGAACUAUGCGGAUGCGACACAGAGGUGUAUACAUUGUAACUUUGAAGCUUCUGUAUAUAGUCUCGAUGAUGACGAUUUUAGGGAGAGGUUCUAUCAGGGGGUUAUCGUGCCGUUGAGGAAGGACUAUGAGUAUGUUGUUAGUACUGCCGUGGCGUAA